UAUAAAUGGCCUCCCCCGCACCCUGCUUGUGCGCGCUCCCUGGGAGCGCGCAGCACCGCGAUCCGGUGCCCGCUGUGUCCUCCGGACACAGUGAAACACCGUUCGUCGGACAAGACCUCUGUACGAGGGUCCCGAUCAUGUGAUCACUGAUUGGCCAAUCAGUGAUCACAUGCAAAGUAGUAAGCAAGAUGUCACUUGUGACAUCAUUGCUUACUACGUGUGAAAUCUGUGAAUGAUCACAGAGGUCACAUGGUACAAGGCUAUUCACAACAGCCUUGUACCAUGUGACAAGCUGUGACCAAUCACAGCUCAC